GCUUCUUGUAGCGGCCAUUUAUGUACCCGGAUUCUCCUGCCUCCCUCGGCAACUGCCGGCAAAGCUCUCUGAAACUAUUCAAAAUACCGGUUAACAAUGCACCCUCAAUUAUCGGAUAGGAAAAUAAUCUGUAAGGACUUCAUCCAGGCCCUCGAGCAGUGUCAUUCGAGCUUUAUCGCAAGGAUGUCUGGUUAUUGUAAUAGGGAAGCAGAUGAAUUGAAUGCGUGUCUCCGUAAAGAGCGGGUUGCACGUACGGCUAGCAAUAGAGAACAGGCGAAAGUUCGUCAAGCCAAGAGAGAGCAGAGCAUGAAGGAAUUCUACGAUGAUGAAAUCUGAAAUCUCUUGUUCUGCGCUAUUCACAUACAUGCUAUACGUCGUAUAUGAAUA